AUGAAUGAAAGUAAAAGAAAUAAUCCAAAUAUUAAUGAGCCAUCUCCAGAAAAUACUUCAAUUUCCAUCGGGGGUCCCGCUAAAAAAACAUCACUAAAAUCAAAAAUCCAGUUAGAUUUGGUCUACAAUAGUUAUUUACAAGCACUUUUAAAACAAGAAAUAGUGGAGAAGGAAAUAAAGAAACAAGAGAAAGUGCUCAAUGGACAAAUUUUAUUGCAAGAGGAAAAUGUAGCACAAAUGAAAGAACGUUAUAAUCAGAUUAAAAAAGAGACUGAUCUAUUAAUAAAAAAGGAAGAGAUUGUUAAAAUGAUUAACACCUUAGAAGAAAAUAUAAAUAAAAUAAAGGGUCUUUAUACAAAUUAUCAAACACAAGAACAUGUAGAAACUGUCCAUGGCGCUUUAACAUAUAUAAGUGGCACUUUAGUUUUAAAAAAUAUAAAAUCAUUAGAGAAUAAAGAUCAAGAAAAAUUGGUAGACUCUGUUAAAAAACUUACUUUGGCAACUGAAAAAGUUGUUAAUUGUGGAAGAGAUUUUGAAGGUGUUCACAAGUUGGCUGAAGAUUGUAGAAAUUUAAUCCAAAUUGUUAAAAAAAUUAAAGAAUCUCAAGUUGUGCUAUCUACUAUGGAGGAAGAUGCUGAGCUGACAGUUUUACAGAAGUUAUCUGAUGAAUUCGCUAAGCAAUAUGAAAAUGUUGAAUAA